GAAAAUCUCUCGCGCAACGUUCCUCCAAGUUUGUCUGUCAUCUUCCCUCAGCUCUCCCCCCCCCCCCCUCCUAGUAGAGCUAUGUCUUCCAUUGAAUAGAAAGAACCCUUAAAGGAAGAGAUACGGAGCCUCUGAGGAGGGUCAACGCUAAAAGGAAUGUUGAAGCCUGGCGUUUGGUCAAGGGACCGAGAGCAAAGUGUACAAGAAGCCUGGCGAUAAGGUGGCAAAUAAAGAGCUCAUGGCUCUACCAUACACACACCCACUCGCUUCAUUACGACCCCUCUCGACAGAGUCAAGCCUCAUAUCCGUCGACUGCGAUCAUGUCUGGUAAGAUUCGACAAUGACGAUGAUGACUGACCAUGACACAGAAAUGAGGAAAACCACGAAGACGGCGUCCCACCUUGGGCAUCAAGGUUGUUCUUGCUUGAACUCGAGUCGAACUCGCUUUGACCCAAAAGAAGAUCACACCUACUUUGUGGAAACCACGCCCCCCUUGGGUCAACGUUUCCCUGCAUGCCCGACUGCAACCCAGUCGGGCAAUGACGAGUGCCGAGAGUUCCACAAACGCGUGAACACCCUGAUCGAACUCGUCCAGAGCUUGAAAAGCUUUGAGCAGAGUCAUGACAAGACUGAUCAAGGAUACAAGAUGCCAAGCAAGAGCCAACCUGAAUUGAAUCCUAACGCGCCUGAGGAUCUGGAUACAUGGGUACGAUCAGGUCGAUUCCACCAUACACGACCUACAGAUUUGGGAUCACGAGUUUUCAUCAAGCUUGGCCCACAUGAGGAGCUGCGGAUUCACGAGCGGUAUACCAACGAUACGACGGGUAUCUUUGUACCUACCGUGGCACCAUUCACUCCCGGCCCAUCCGAAGACGACUUUCAACGAUUUCAUAGAAUCAUCAUGAGUCAGAAGUCCGGUCGUCAGGGCUUUGGAGGGAGUACCGCGCCUCAUCAGGACUCCGUACCACCCGGUGACUCGUACUGUGGUCACUCGUGUAGGAGGACCUUUGCAUCCGGCCUACCGUGAGGUGGGAGACUGCCGCCACGUUGUAGCCCGCAGCUUGCACAAGCUGAGCACGAGGUGAUGGCGGGUCUUGUGUUGGCUCUUUAGGCGAGGAAUGAGGUCAUCAACAGUGAAGGACCACAGUGGUACAUAUAGAGCGAUGCAUGAUGGCGAAAUACCUUGGC